UGGCCACACACAAUUGUAAAAAAAAUUGAAGUUUUUGAUUAAAAUUUCGAACAAUGUGAUUGCUUUGAUGCUUUCAAACUUGAAUUUCUUUUUGAAGUCGAAAAUGAAAGUUUAAAUAAUAAUCAUUGAAACUGAUGAAAAUAAUGGAAACAGAAGAUGAACGAACGAUACUGGAUUACCUUAAUGAGGACUGCUGGCGCGCUGUGUUACAGUUCGUGCCAGCGAAAGACCUCAUCAGAACAGAGCGCGCCAGCCGCCGGUGGCAAGAAGUACUACUGUGGUACUUGAAAGGAACAGGAGUCCAUAUUGCAAUUGCAGAGUAUCACAAAGAAGACAACCCUAGUGUUUGUAGGGCGAAGCGGUCCUCAUACACAUCAUUUGAGAGUUGGACUAAAAAAUUAGGUUCAUUGGUAGUGGACACUUAUUGCAUUGGUUUGAAGAGUCUAGAAAUUAUCAAAGAAAACUGCCCGAACUUAGAAACCCUUACGCUUAAGGAUGUGCAAUGCAAAACACCAAAACUACUCCUCCAUCACAAUCUAAAUGAUAACUUCAAGUGCCUGCAGAGUCUGAAAUUACACUCUUGUAAUAUACCAGACAGCUGCAUGAACAAAUUCGUAGCAGAAAAAGCUUUACAAGAACUAAAAUUCUAUUGUUGUGACUCUUUAACUGGUCUCUGCCUUAAAAGUAUGGACUUGUCCAAUUUGAAGUUGCUUGAGAUAAACUUGUCUAAGGACUUUGAGUCCAAACACGUGCUUCCAGUCUUUGACCGCAUGAGCGAGCUCAAAACGUUAAAAGUUAGUGAUGUUUCUGGUGAAUUUCUUGAAGAAAUCCAGGUCGGGUUAGAUAAGAUGCCGAAACUGGAGAAGUUGGAGCUAGAUGAUGAUGAGAGGAUGAGGGGAGAAUGUGGGCAGCAAAUCAGCAGGCUGACCGAGUUGAAGCACCUCCGGCUGGCGUUUCAGAUGUUCGACGAGGACAUACAGGCGAUAACGCGGUGCUGCAAGGAGCUCGUGACCUUGAAGUUGUCCGAUUGUCGAUCAAUGUCGCGACGCAGCGUGCGCCCGAUAUGGAGAAACGCAGGCGCGCGCCUCACGGAGCUGGCGCUCAGGGAUUUCGACGAAGCGAAGGACGCCGACAUCGUGGCGCUCAUCCGCGGCUGCCCUCUCCUCACGAAACUAACGGUGACGGGGUCUCGUCAGCUGACGCGCCGCCUGCCGGCGCGAGCGGCGGCCGCGCGGCGCGGCGUCGCUCCCGGCAAAGUGCUGGAUCUGGACCUCAGCUUCACCAACCUGUCGAGUCAUCUUUGUGUGGAAGAUACCGAUGCCGAUGGACCACAUUUAGAUGUUUUGGGAAGGAAGUAUGUAGGCUUGAAUAUAAUAUGUUUCUAAAAUAUGUUACUUUAAGCGAAGAAUAUAAUGUAUGUUGUUAAAACUGCUGGUGUUUUAUUUACGGGCGGGGCCGGGAUAGAUAAAAAAGAUCUUGGUAAUAAUAAUAACUAAGGAAGAGUGGUUGUAGGUAUAUUAGACCAGGCGAAAAU